CAGUUUGUGCGCCUGACAAAGCAUUCCCUGCCGCAGGUGGGGCGCCUGUGCCUGAUCUCGACCUUCCUGGAGGAUGGGGCACGGAUGUGGUUCCAGUGGAGCCAGCAGCGGGACUACAUCCAGGCCACCUGGGACUGUGGAACCCUCCUCGCCUCCGCCUUUGUCUUCCUCAACCUCUUCGGGCAGAUUGGUGGCUGCAUCCUGGUGCUGAGCAGAAACUUUGUCCAGCUCGCCUGCUGCGGACUCUUUGGGAUCAUUGCCUUGCAGACAGUGGCCUACAGCAUCUUGUGGGACCCGAAGUUCCUGAUGCGGAACCUGGCGCUGGGGGGCGGCCUGCUGCUGCUGCUGGCGGAGUCCCGCUCGGAGGGCCGGAGCAUGUUUGCGGGGGUGCCCACCCUGCAGGAGAGCAGCCCCCGGCAGUACAUGCAGCUGGGCGGCCGCCUCCUCCUUGUCCUCAUGUUCAUGACCCUGCUUCACUUCGACACCGGGCUCUUCUCCGUGAGUGCACCUUCCUUUCACCCUGAGAAGCGAUGCAUCCUGCAGCUGGGAGGACUCCACAAGGGCCAUCCAGUCCAGCCCCGGUUGUGCCUCCAUGCAGAAGCACGACCAAAACCCUCCCAACAGAUGGUCAGGCGGUCUCACAAACAUGAGUGUCUUCAUGAAGAAAGAGAGCUUUCGAACAAAACUCCUCGAGCUGGGAGGGCUCUCCAAGGGCCACCCAGUCCAGCCCUGGUUGUGCCUCCAUGCAGGAGCAUCACGAAAGCCCUCCCGACAGAUGGCCAGCCAGUCUCACAAACAUGAGUGAGAAAGAGAGCGUUCAAACAAGACUGCUAGAGCUGGGAGGG